CGGCCGGGUCCCCACUCCCCCGCCGGCCGAGACCCUCCGACUGAAGAGCGAGGGACACCGGCCCGGGAAGGGGAGGCGGCGGGCGAGGCCGGCGCAUCUCCUCUGCAGGGCCUGCUAAACGGUUGGCUUUGGUUACACGGCUGAGCUUGAGCCCGGCUCGGAGCUGGAACCUGGGGACAGGUGGUGUCAGGUCGCCGGGACUGGCCUGUUCUAAGCUUUUCUUCGGGAAUCUUGGUUUCACAUUUAUUCAUAAAGAAUUGUCUGCAUAGAAGCAUUUAAGAGGGCUUCAAAUCAUCAGCCUCGUCGACUUUUUUUCCAGUUCAACCGGCUUGUCUCUCCAGCCCUCAGAUAGUGAAAAGCUAGAAUAGGUUGGCAUUAAUAUGCAAAGGAGGUCUUUGCUUCUAUUACUACCUUUUGAUGGCAGUCCCAACCCCUGUCCCCAACAGAUUGCAUGUAUCUCACAAGUCUGAGGAUGUAGGAGAGGAAGACCAAGAGUCUCUUAACCAUCCCUGCAAGUUCUGGGCUCAGAAUUUGUAACUGCGGCUGCUAACUCUACCUUGAUCCUCUUGUGCCCCUGACUGCAGCAGCCCUUGAUAUAAUGUCUUUGUGGCUCUAGCAUGAGACUUCAAGCGGCUGGCUCACUACUGGAGAUCUAAAGGAUAUUGCCAGAUUGACUCUCCUGUCUGUAGCCAUGUUAGCCUCGUGCAAGAGGAUGACCAAUUCUUCACGCUCCCAAGUCCUUCUAAUGUGGAAGCCAGACAAGGCUCAGAGUGGACCCCACAAUGUUGAGAAGGAAACCCUUGCAUCAAGAAUCUUGCGUGACACUGAGACCUGUCGACAGAAUUUUAGGAAUUUUCCAUAUCCAGACCUAGCUGGUCCUCGAAAGGCAUUGAAUCAACUCCGAGAACUUUGCCUUAAAUGGCUGAGACCUGAGAUUCACUCAAAGGAGCAAAUCCUGGAUCUGCUGGUGCUGGAGCAGUUCCUGACCAUCCUGCCUGGGGAGGUUAGGACUUGGGUGAAGUCCCAGUACCCAGAGAGCAGUGAGGAAGUGGUGACUCUGGUGGAGGAUUUGACUCAGAUUCUAGAAGAGGAAGCUGCUCCUCAGAACUCUGCCCUUCCCCAAGAGACCCAAGAGGAAGACCCCAAAGGAAGACCUGCUUUCCAGGCAGGGUGGUUAAAUGACUUGGUGACCAAAGAAUCAAUGACAUUCAGAGAUGUGGCUGUGGAUAUCACCCAGGAGGACUGGGAGAUAAUGCGUCCUGUACAGAAGGAAUUGUAUAAGACUGUGACAUUACAGAACUACUGGAACAUGGUUUCUCUGGGACUUACAGUGUACCGGCCAACUGUGAUUCCCAUACUGGAAGAACCAUGGAUGGUGAUAAAAGAAAUCUUAGAAGGCCCUAGUCCAGAAUGGAAAACAGAACCCCAAGAGUGUAUUCCAGUUACAAAUAUUUCUAAAGUCACAAAGACUGGAACUCAGACCAUCAAAUUGGAAGAACCCUGUGACUAUGAUGAAAGAUUCGAGAGGCAAGCAGCAGAUACCUUCAGGAAAAUACCCACUAAUGAAAGAAAUUUCACUUUGAAGUCAGUCAUCUCAAAAGAAGAUGACCCUAUGGAAGAGUGUUUUAGUAAAUAUGAUAUAUAUAGAAAUAAUUUUGAAAAGCAUUCAAACCUAGUUAUUCAGUUUGGUCCCCAAUCAGAUAAUAAAACUAUGUAUGAUGAAGGCAGGGCAACCUUCAAUCAUGUCUCCUAUGGUAUUGUACAUAGAAAGAUAUAUCCUGGAGAGAAGCCUUAUAAAUGUAAUGUGUGUGGGAAAAAGUUUAGGAAAAACCCAUCCUUUGUGAAACACCAAAGUACCCAUGCCAAAGAAAAAUCUCAUGAAUGUGAAGAAUGUGGGAAAGAGUUUAGGCAUAUCUCAUCCCUUAUUGCACAUCAGAGAAUGCAUACUGGGGAGAAACCAUAUGAAUGCCACCAGUGUGGUAAAGCCUUCAGCCAGCGUGCACACCUUACUAUACAUCAAAGAAUUCAUACUGGAGAGAAACCCUAUAAGUGUGAUGACUGUGGAAAAGACUUUAGUCAGCGUGCACACCUUACUAUACAUCAAAGGACCCAUACUGGAGAGAAACCAUAUAAAUGCUUGGAAUGUGGUAAAACCUUCAGCCACAGUUCAUCGUUGAUUAAUCAUCAGAGAGUUCAUACUGGUGAAAAACCUUAUAUAUGCAACGAAUGUGGAAAGACCUUCAGCCAGAGUACACACCUUCUUCAACAUCAAAAAAUACAUACUGGAAAGAAACCAUAUAAAUGCAAUGAGUGUUGGAAAGUGUUUAGUCAGAGUACUUACCUUAUUCGACAUCAGAGAAUUCAUUCUGGAGAAAAGUGUUAUAAGUGUAAUGAAUGUGGAAAAGCCUUUGCUCAUUCCUCAACUCUUAUUCAACACCAGACUACUCACACUGGAGAGAAAUCCUAUAUAUGUAAAAUAUGUGGAAAAGCCUUCAGCCAGAGUGCAAAUCUUACUCAACAUCAUAGAACACAUACUGGGGAGAAACCAUACAAAUGCAGUGUGUGUGGGAAAGCCUUCAGCCAGAGUGUACACCUUACUCAACAUCAAAGGAUUCAUAACGGAGAAAAACCCUUCAAAUGCAAUAUAUGUGGGAAGGCAUAUAGACAGGGUGCCAAUCUUACUCAGCAUCAAAGGAUUCAUACUGGAGAGAAGCCGUAUAAGUGUAACGAAUGUGGGAAAGCUUUUAUUUAUUCCUCAUCACUUAAUCAACAUCAGAGAACUCAUACUGGAGAAAGACCCUAUAAAUGUAAUGAAUGUGAUAAAGAUUUUAGCCAGAGAACAUGCCUUAUUCAACACCAGAGAAUUCACACGGGAGAGAAGCCCUAUGCCUGCCGUAUCUGUGGUAAAACCUUCACCCAGAGUACGAACCUCAUUCAGCAUCAGCGUGUUCAUACAGGUGCCAAACAUCAUAAUUAAUGAGACUUCGGUUUAGGUUUUUCAAUUCAUCCAAAUUUUAUUUUGUACUUUGUUAAAACAUUCAAAAGAAACUGAAGAGAAGUGCAAUAUAUGUUAGAUGUCCUUCAGCAGAAGUGUCAGAAUUAGUAAUGUGGAUAUAAGCUAUUUAAAUUUAAUGUGAAAUUUGAAGAGAAAAAUUUAUUCACUUCUUAACCUUUAUUUGAUAUCAGUUUAGUUCCGGAAAGAAACCCAGUAAGAGUACUCAAAAAUCUGUAACUCAUCAACUCUUAGUGUAUUUCACGUACUUCUUAAUGAGACCUUGUGAAUGUAACUUGGAGAAGCUUCCAUCAAGUAGGGAUUUCACACUAGUGAGUGAUCUUGGGAUAAUUGAAGAAGCUGCUUUCAGACCUUUAUUUCUUCCCAGCUUUGAAGCCUUAAAUAUAUAAAGGGUUCCCUUCCCUUUUCCUAUUAUGCCAUAACUGCCAUGCGGAGCCAGUAGAUUUGCAAAAUAUAUAUAGUCGAAAGUAUCUUAAUUUUUAUGUGACAACCAUUUAGUCACAUUUUCCUUUAAAUAUUGAAAUAUUCAAGGAAGAACUUAAGGGAAGUUGAUCUGUUAGGAUAAACUAAUGUAUAUAUAAUCCUUAGACAUUUGUACAAAUUUAGUUAAACAGGCAAAACUUAAACAUCCAACCUUAAAUUCAUCUUUAAAACCUAUUAGCCUUAGUUUCACUAGGUUUUGACAUCUGUCCUGAAGGAAAAACAAGAAUAAAAUUCCCAUUUUUUUCACCUGAUUCCUAAAUUCAUUCCUUAAGGUUCCCCUUUGGCUAUUUUACCACAGAAAGCCCGUUUCUGUUGAGACACAUUUCUUGAGUGCCUACUGUGCUCAAGGCCCAAUCUUCCUAAUUGGAUCUUUUCAGGGCUUAUUGUGUUCAAAACAAAACAGCUAUUUUAAGCAACAGAAAGCUUUCUAAAGUGAAAGAUGACAAAGGACAUGUCACAGAAUGAACAUAAGCCUACUAAAAUGGGUUGCUGAAUGUGACCCCCUAUCCCAAGACAAAGAAGUAGUGAAAGCAGCUACUUACAAAGUGUGAGGAAAAGAUAAGUAAUAGAAAGUAGAUUUAAGUGCACUACAGAAAGAGGGUCAGGGAGAAAAGGGUGAAUACUUAGCAGGGAAGAAAGAAUGCACAGGUAACUUAGAGCAUGAGCUGUUAACCUGGUUUACUUAAAAAAGUAAGAGCAGCUAAUGGAAUAAGACAAAAUCCAGCCUAUUAAGAAGAAACUAAAGAUGAAGUGACUGAUUUUAAAAAGGAAUAAUUGGAAUUGGUACUUUUUCAUAUAUAUAAGUAUAACUGGGAAUUGCUUUUAAAAUGUCAGAAAACAAAUUUAUUGGGAAAAGCACUGAUGCAGAAACUAUCAUUGUUGCAAUAAUAAUAACUAAGUUUGUGGGGGGGGGUUCUAAACAUAAAAGGAAAACUGGCAGAAAUGCAAAUUUUACCUAUUUCUAGGUAAAAUACUAUAAAUUUCAUAUCCACAGCAUUCCACUACCAGAAUAUAAGACUGUAUUCUGAGAGCUGAGAUUUCAUUCUGCUCAAUUUGUUUCUUCAGUGCCUUGCAUAUGGACAGUGGUCAAAUAUAUGUUUGUUGAAUUAAUGAGUAGGUAAGUUAGAAUUGAGUAAUAAGAAUUAACAGAUAUGGAGUGAAGCUGGUUGAAUUUAAAUUCUUUUUUUGUACGUAUGUGCACAGAAAUGUUAAAUACUGUUAUUUAUUGGGUAAUAGGAACUACUUAAAAUUGAAGAAUCAGAAUUCUACAUCUUAACAGUGGGGAAUAUCCUAAAGAGAUCACGGGACAGACAUCUCUGCACAGGAAGUUUUCCUGAGCUGGAUGAAGAAAAAUUGAUACAAAUUCUGGUGCCGUAAAUAUAAAUUUAAGCAUAUAUUGAGACCAUGCAGUUUCAUUUGGAUGUUACUGUUGAUAAGGACAUCCUACAAACACGUGCCGAAGGAAAGACCUAGGGUGCUAGCAUCUUCAAGGCUUUCUUGUUGAGUGUUUUCUUCAAGUUAUUGCUUUCCCUUAGCCUCACAUCAGCUAACCCUGAUGUCAUGGAAUCUUUCUUCACAAAGUGUAGAUUGUCUUCAGGUUGCAUAAUACUCAAGUUAUGCUUAUGCCAUAGUUACCAUGUUAGAAAAUAACCAUUGUAUUUAAGAUACGACUUUUAUUUAUAAUGCCACUUCAUACCUAACACACCACUUCUGUUUUCCAUCCUGGCAUGAAUGUGUGGAGUAUUAUAGUCCAUAGCACCUUUGCUUUAAUUUGUAUUUCCUGCCUUUGUGAAUUUUAUGUAAAUAAUGCAUUUAUAAAGUCUUCCAUUGAUCCACUGAGGCAAUUGAUACCCUUAUAAAAUAUCAGAAGAAUGGAGAAUCCUAGAUCUUUGUACUUUUCCCACUUUAACAGUUGUCUGAGCCACUUGUAAUCCAAAUUUUUUUUAGCAGUCUUAUUUUCCACAACUUUCUUACUACAAAGGUGUUGAAAUAUACAGAAAAGUUAAUAAAACAAACUAUGUAUCUGCCACCUAGCUUUAAAACAUUUUUUACUGAACAGUUGGAAAGUUAGACAUGACAUUUCAUCCAAUACUUCAGCAUCUCAUAAAAAUAAGGACAGAAUUUCAUAUAACCACAUUCCAUUACAUACCUCAAAAAAUGAAUAGUAAUUUUCAAAUAUCUAAUGCUUCCUGUUUAAACUUUCCCUGUUGAUGCUGUCACAUUUCACACAUUAUGUUUACUUGUUAUAUCCGUUUCAUCUAUCAAAGUGUCUCCCACUUCUGAUUUUCUCCAUAACCUUUUUUUUUUUCUUUUAAAUAUAGCAGGUCAGUUGUAGAAUGUCUCACAUUCAAGAUUUAACUGAUUGUUUACAUGUGGUUUAUCUGGUUCCUGUGACCCCUGUGGUUUUCUGUAAACUAGCAUUUAGGGCCAAAAUGUUGACUGGAUUCAGGCUCAGCAUGUUUAACAUUAACACUUUACAGGUGUGUUUCCUGUUGCAUCACAUCAAAAGUCUGAUUAACAUUUGGUUGACUAUCAGGUGACAUGGUAACCACCCUGUCUUACCAAUGUGAAGAUAAUGUUUUUCCUGUAGUGGUUCAUCUGUGGACUGCUACUUUGGCAGCAUACAGAUAACCUGUUUACCAACAACCUGUCAUGUGGUAGUUUUAAUAUCCAGUGAGGAUGAUCACUCCCUGAACCAGUUAUUUCAUUAAGAUUUGCAAAAUAGGGUGCUUGAUUUGGCAGCACAUAUUCUAGGUUUGCAAAAUGGCAAUUUUCUUUCUUUCUGUGUUUACUGAUGCAUAAUUCUGUAGGACAGAGCUUUCUGUCAUCAGCUGGGAAUGCACUAGAGGUAAAGUCAUACUUAAAAUCUUUUCCUUUCCUUACCAGUUUUCAGAGUAAGGAGUUGGCAGUGAUGACAAGUGAUUCCAUGUAUUCAAAAUCAAUUAUGGCCAUUGUCUCUGUUGAUCAAAUUGUCCCAAACUUGGCCAGUUGGAGCCCUUCAAGUAGCUCUUUCAUCCUCUGGCAUUCCUCCUCUAGUCUUUAGGGACUUCAUUUCCUUGUGACAUGACAUAACUUGGGUUCAAUGCCCUGGAUAUGGAAUGAAUGAGCCAUUUCCCAAUCUUUGACUAAAUAGGCAAAUAUUUAGAAACCAAGAUCUGGGCACUAGGCAUGCUCCUUGCUUCUGGGGUGUCAUUAGCAAGUAGCCUUUUAGUCUUUCCAACCAUUCAACUUAAGUUCUCAUAAAGGCAACUCUUUGCACCCAUUUCAUCACUUACACAAUAAUCGUAGAGAUGUAAUUACAUACUGGGACAAACUGGGAAGCAUACAGCUAAAUUGGAGAGGACAGAAGUGUUUGUAUAUUAGAAGGCAUCAAGUGUAACCACAUGAGGUCUUGUGCCAAGGCCAGCAGAUUUUAAGGGAGCUUGUCAGUUCUCUGGUUAAUUAGCAGUUAAGACAACAACUUAAAAUAUACCUAGUAUGUUUUAACUGUUAUAUGUCCUGAUAAUUUACAUAUUUAUAAGCUAAUCUCAUCUUUCCCAUCGCAUUCUUCAAAGCAGGUUUCUGGUAAGAUGUAGCUUUGAAUCCUGAGGAUCUGUUUCAUGCAAAUUUACGUGCUUGUUUUUCUUGCUAAACUUUUAUUUGGUUUUCACAGCUUUAAGAGUGUUAGAUUUCAUUCUUCAACUAUAUCUUCUGGUAUCGAUUCACUUGCAUGUGCCUGUAAAUGUACUUAGUCCUCUAUUUCUGUUAUUCUCUUCAUGGCUAUAUUUCACUACAAUUAUUAGCCCCUUAGAACACUAUAGCCAUUAAAAUUGGUGAGCAUGUGCACUAUAGUGAUAUGUAUAAAUAUAUGUGUGAGCUUGCAAGCAACACGGAGUCCUCUGGAUGGAUGGGGAAAGUGAUACCCAUGAUGCUGAAGUGUCUUGCCUGAGGUCCUAUAGUCAUACAGUGACAAUAAGAGUUGGAACACAUGGUUCUGGCACUUAGUUGAAUUCUUCCUGUAAGAUUAAUGCUAAUGGAAAUUCAGAGCACAAACAGUAUGUACCUAUGAUUUUAUAAAAUUACGUAUUUUGUUGAGAUUA